AUGGCUUCACCUUCACCCACACAGUACUUCGAAGUGGGCGAUUCUAGUGCGGACGGGGUCUGGCUGUGGUUUGGUGUGGCUGUGGGUAUAGCUUUCGCAGUGGUGCUAGGUUUCGAGCUAAUCAGAACGAGAAAAUUCGCCCGUCGAGUACUAUACACCAGAUGCGAAACCGACACUCAAGCAGCGCCGGAUAUUCCAACUGGCUUUUUUGGAUGGGUCGGUGUUGUUCUUUCAACGGACGAGAAAUACAUAAUAGAGAACGUCGGUCUCGAUGGAACCAUGCUCUUGAGAUUUCUAAGAAUGGCAUUUAUCGUAUCAGCGAUAUUGACAUUAACGAUGGUGCCAAUACUGGUGCCGUUAUCAUUCUACUCAGACCCUCAAGACAUAUCAAGCAACUCCACAACAGUCAACUCCUCAACCACUCAAAUCAGCUUUCAGCCGUUGGUCAUGGCUCAAUUUUCGAUAUCCAAUGUGCCGAAUACUUCCAACGUAUUGUUUGCAUUUGCCGUGUAUUGUUGGAUUAUGACGGGAUUGACUUGCUUCCUGCUUUACAAGCAAUAUCAACAAUACGCCAUCCUUACCUGUGAUGCUCUACGUGACGGAGGCGCACCAGAUGCUGUGUAUCGGUUACCACGAUCUGAAGCGUUGAGAUAUAGGACCAUUCUGGUGCAGCAUGUUCCCAAGAGUUUGCGCUCUGAUGAAGGAUUAAGAGCCUACUUUACAUCACUACAUAUCGGAGAAGUAGAAACUGCAAUCAUGGACAGAAUCGCUGGUGCAAAACUAGCUAAGUUAGCCACUGAAAGAAGAACCUUGGUUCGGAAACUUGAAUCGGCAUAUAUGGAGUGGGUCAUUGCAGUAGAUAGUGAACGCUGGCGAAGAAUGGGAAAACGGUCAAAGGCUGUCUUCCAUACUCGCCGUGAUUUGAUUGAUUUGCAUACAGCACCAGCCGAUUGGGAUGAAAGCGGAAUCGCGCCAGAAGUUCUGGAACGAUUAAGACCUCGUAUCCUGGAUAACAAGCAGUUUCCUCCUAAAUAUGUUGAUUCAAUUGAUCACUGGACGCAAAAGCUGGUAUCGGCAACGUCUCAAAUUCGACAACAACGGCUGUUGGUCAAAUAUCCAGAAACCUCGAUUUGUACAUCAUCUGGUUUCGUUACAUUCAAGACACAGAGAGCUGCUCAUAUAGUAUCACAAGUGCUUGUGCAUGGCUCAGAAAAUCCGUUCUCGUUGUCGGUAGCGCUGGCCCCUUCACCUCCGGACGUAGAUUGGCACUCUGUUUCGAUUCCUUGGUACCGACAGAGGGUACAAUACUGGAUUGUACAGGCUGCAGCAUUUGCCAUGACCUUCUUUUUCUUCAUUCCUUCGGCUGCUGUAUCUUCGCUAAAAGACAUUUCAACACUUGCAAAACUUCCUGGGUUUGCUGAUUUGGCAGCAUCUCUAUCCCAAAGGCCCGAAACGCUUUUUCUUGUGCAGAACAGUGCAAGUUCUUGGACAUUGCGAUUAUAUUUAAUUUUUGUUGCUUGUAUAACUUUAAUUGCUACUCUAGAUCUGACUUCAUAUGAAGGUCUGCCAUCGUACUCUGAUCAGGAAACCAGUGUCUUAGCGAAAUACUUCACACAUUUGAUGCUCAAUGUGUUGUUCGUGUUUACGUUGACCACGGCUGUGUUCGAGUUGAUUACUACCAUCAUAAACUCGCCUGUCUCUAUUCUCAAUAAUGUAGCAGCCACCUUACCGACCGGAUCUACUUUCUUCAUCAAUUAUACCAUCCUCGGAAUUAUAGGUCUACAAUUCGAACUGAUCCGAUUCUUCACAUUUUUCUUCCACUUUAUUCGCAAGAUGAUUGUCAGGACACCACGACAGGUCCAUGACCUCAAUCUAUUUACAAGUUAUGUAGACUAUGGGACCGUUUACCCUCCAUUCCUGCUCAGUUUUGUGAUUGUGCUUGUCUAUGCAAUCAUUUCCCCUCUGAUACUGGUAGUAGGGACAACUUAUUUUGCAAUAGCAUAUGUGUACAUGAGGAACCAAGUGCUUUUCGUUUUCGUCAAGAAAUAUGAAGCUAAUGGUCGCCACUGGAUUCUAGCCUUCAAUCGCUGUAUUUUUGGACUUUUAACUGCUCAAGUUACUCUGGUCGGAAUGUUGUCACUCAAGAGGGCGGCAGCAGCCUCAUCUAUGUGUAUCCCUCUCAUUCCAUUGACGAUCAUCUUCUACGUGUAUUGCACAAGAACAUUCGAAAGGAGAACGACGCAUAUUCCUCUAGAUAUGCAUCAUCCACCAUCGGCUAUAGCUCCAUCUGACGCCGCACAUCCACCACUAGAUACUUUACUAGAUCCUCAAAUGGAACUACCGCCAUCACCCGACAUCAAAUCACCAAAAUCAAGGAAGAAGGUCGAACCAGGACCAAAGAAUUUGAAAUCUCCUGAAGGGCUAGUAAAGCUGAAUAGAGGAGAAGCACCAGCAGCUAGUGAUGACGCAGUAUACAGUCACGAGCAACAUAAACGAGAUUCAAGAGCCUUGAGCUACGUCAAUCCCAUCCUUUCUCAGUCAUUGCCACGUCCAUGGCUACCACGUUGCGUAGCCGGUUUGGCAGGCAAAAAUCAUCGGCCAGUCAUGUCAAGUAACUCGACGCCAUUAGCAUCACUCAAUAAUUUAGCAAAUCUACCAACUUCUGAUGGAGCUGAAGCUGAAGUAAUCGUGUCGCCCCAAACUCCUGCUCCAUUACAUGAUAUUGAGCUUGAAAUCAAGGAUGAACGAGUGAACAAUUUCCAAGAUGAGAUACAGAUGAGUGAGUUUUUGGGAGGCAGUGAACGGCCGAGUGAGGCCAGUCUUGGAGGGGAAGUUUUUAAUACUGGUGGAAGGGACUCGUCAAUUGAUGAGCUGGUGAUUGUUCAAUCGGGUCAGUGA